CUAAAGAAGAUUUCUCUCCAGAGCGUGUGCAUGCACAGAGAGAGAGAGAGAGAGAGAGAAAGGGAGGGAGAGAGAGAGAGCAGCCAACUCCAGCAGGGUAGCUCUUUCACACAGCUUCGCCCUACAGAUCUAACCGGUCAGAGAUGACGCACCUGCAGUUUAAAGAUGCCUUCUGGUGCAAAGAAUUCACUCUUCACUCCGGAUACGAAGCGCUCCUGCAGCGUUUGCUGGAUGGAAGGAAAAUGUGCAAAGACGUCGAAGACUUGAUCAAGCAGAGGGCCCAGGCUGAAGAACGUUACGGGAAGGAGCUGGUUCAGAUCGCUCGGAAAGCAGGAGGCCAAAGCGAAAUCAACACUUUAAAGGCUUCGUUUGAAAUCCUAAAGCUACAAAUUGAAAGCGUGGGCAACUCUCACAUCCAGCUGGCCCUCAUGUUGAAAGAGGAACUCAAAGCCUUAGAAGAAUUCCGAGAAAGGCAGAAGGAACAACGGAAAAAGUACGAGAGUACGAUGGAACGGAUACACAAGAACAAGCUCCUCAUGUUCAAGAAAACCAUGGAGUCCAAGAAGGCCUAUGACCAGAAAUGUAAAGAUGCUGAUGAGGCGGAACAGGCUUUCGAGAGGAUAAGUGCUAUUGGAAACCAGAAACAAACAGAAAAGAGCCAAACCAAAGCAAAACAGUCCAGAGACUCUGCCAAUGAAGCAGAAAAAGUGUAUAAACAGAACAUCGAGACACUAGACCACACAAGGACCACGUGGGAACAAGAACACGUUAGUACUUGCGAGGCUUUCCAGCUUCAGGAAUGUGAUCGGAUCACUAUCCUACGGAAUUCUCUCUGGGUUCAUUGCAAUCAACUCUCCAUGCAGUGCGUGAAAGACGAUGAGCUUUAUGAAGAGGUUCGGGUAAGCCUGGAAGACUGCAACGUGGAGUCCGAUAUGAACGCCUUCGUUCAGAAUAAGAUGACCGGAACAGAAGCACCAGCUGCCAUUGGCUACGAGAAUUAUUACGAGAGAACCGGACCCGCAAAAAACCCCAACAGCCCAACAACCCAGAGUUGCGGAAUGAUGAAAAGGUUCUCCGACUUGCUGCAUGGCAGUACACGGAAUACUCCGGAUAACAUUAUUUCCACAAUACCCCCAACUGGAGUUAAUUCCAUUUACCCCUCCCUCGAAGCUGAGCAAAGGGCGGACGUCGUCUAUGCAGCCGUUCAUGUGGCCGAGGUCAACGCUGCCAUGGACCAUGAUUACCGAGCUCUCUAUGACUACACAGCCCAGAAUGAGGAUGAGCUGGACAUCCGAGCAGGUGAUAUUGUCAACAUCAUUGAAGCUGGCGAAGAUGGCUGGUGGACCGUAGAACUGGAUGGGCAGCAAGGAUUUGUGCCCGGCUCCUAUCUGGAGAGACUUUGAUGGGAGGAACACUUCCGAGUGCUGCAUUUUUACCGGCUAGAAAUCUCUUUUAAAAAAUCAAGUUUUACUCUUUUUUUAACAUAAAACGCCACCCCGUCUUUUUAUUUUUUUUGAAGGACAAUUAUCAAAGAAAAGACAUCCAAACUCGUGCUGAUUUUCUCACCCUAGAAAUGUAUGAUCCCAAAGGUUCUUUUUGCCUUGCUUAAAUCCAGGUACCCUUCCGAUCCCAUCAUUCUUUCGGUAGAAUCUUGAACCGUUUUCUACACGGCAAAUUUUGCAAAAAACUGUCUUUGCCAUUCUCCACUGAACGUUGGUGGAGACAGAAACACAGUGGACUUUUACAAUAAGCCAUUGAUUAAAGUGCAUUUUUGAAACGGUUAGAUCUC